CUUGGCAAUGCAUGAUGACGAACGGGAUCUCCAGCGGCAUGGGGCCGGUCGCGGCCAAUAUUGUGCGGAGAGGGCGUUACGUGCUUUUGGAUCGAUAUCACGAAGUUUCCAUAGACUAUAAAUAUCAUUGCGCUUGGUGAAGCCUGGAACGACCCCCCUGAAUUCCUUGUCACUCACAUCAACGAGAAGCAUUUCAAACGCACACAAUUGGGUCAAACUCGGCAAUACUAGGUGGAAUCAUUACAGAAAGGCCUCUCUUCAAGGGUGAUUGCUUAACCAAAGGUGAAUGUACCUAUCGGAAAAAACGAUGGGGAAGCUAUUCUCUGACGCACCUAGCUCAUUAUUCCCGCCAUGAAGGGUCUGAUCUGGAAGAUCAUUGCGGCCUCCUCGCUACUCCAUAUCGGAGCUGCGGAUUGGCAAUUCAAGUCGCGGCCCGACCUCGCCCCGCCACGUCUCAACAUUACCAUUCCCGCCACCGGGGACGUGGAAAAGGGGUUUCUGUUCUUGGCCCCCUUUGCUGGACUGGUCGAUACGCCGACCGAGCAGCACGGGCCCCGCCAGGCUGGUCCCUACAUAUUCAGGGACAACGGCGAUCUCGUCUGGUCGGGAUACGGCAUCUACAGUAUCUGGUCCACCAAUUUCCAGGCCGGCCGCUGGAAGGGCAAGGAUGUGCUCUUCAGUUUCGAGGGCGACCAUAAUCCCGGCUAUGGCCACGGCCAUGGGCACAUCACCUUCAUGGACCAGCAUUACGAGACGAUUCGCGAGCUCCGGGCUGGCAACCACAAGUUGGUGGACAAGCACGAGUUCCACAUUGUCAAUGAGGAGACCGGCUUGAUCCAGAUUUAUCAGCCCGUCCCGCGCAAUCUGACUGCCUGGGGGGCAAGCGAAGAACAGCAGUGGAUCGUCAAUGCUAUUAUUCAAGAGCUCGACAUUGAAACCGGUAAGGUGCUUUUCGAAUGGGCCAGUCUUGAUCAUGUCGAUCCUGAUGAAUCCGUCCUCCCCAUCAACCCUGGCCAGGCCGGGUCCGGGUACAACAGCUCCGACGCGUGGGACUACUUCCACAUCAACAGCGUCGACAAGGACGGUGAGGGCAACUACCUGAUCUCGGCGCGGGACGCCUGCGCGGUGCACAAGAUCAACGGCACCGACGGCAGCAUCAUCUGGCGGCUGAACGGCAAGCGGAGCGACUUCCAGCUGGGCGACGGCGCCGCCUUCUGCUUCCAGCACCACGCCCGCUGGUUGCCGCACGCCGAGGGUCCCGACGUCGAGCUGAUCAGUCUGUACGACAACUCGGCCCACGGCACCGAGCAUGGUGGCGGCCACGAGGUGCACACCGCCCCCGCCAGCAGCGGCAAGGUGCUGCGCCUCAACGCGACCGCUGGCACCGCCGAGCUGGUGCAGGCCUACCGCCCGCCCGACGGUCUUCUGUCCAAGAGCCAGGGAUCCACGCAGGUCCUUCCCGGCGGCAACGUCGUCGUCGGCUGGGGUUCUGAGGGCGCCGUCACCGAGUUCGCGCCGGACGGCACGGCCAUCUUUCACGCCUACAUGGACUCGGGCGCCCUCGGCGUCGGCGUGCAGAACUACCGUGCCUUCAAGUACAACUGGACGGGGCUGCCGAACGAGGACCCCGCCAUCGUAGCGCUCGCCGGCGAAGAGGGUACGACUGUCUACGUCAGCUGGAACGGCGACACCGAGACCACGGCGUGGAGGUUCUACCGCGUCGUCGACGGGUUCGGCUCGCGGGAGUUCCUGGGCGAGGUGGAGCGCGUCAGCUUCGAGACGUCGCUCUUCGUCGCCGGGAAGUCAGUCGCAAAGGUAUCUGCGGACGCCGUUGACGGCCGCGGCAGGACUCUCCGUACCACUGCGUCUGUCGAGGUUGAGCCAGAGGUGCUACCUGCACGGAAGGGUAAAUCCGGGGGUGGCCAGUUCGAGUACGGGAAUGCCGAGAAAGUCCUCGAAAAGCCCGCCAGCCGCUGGGAGGAAUACGGUAUCUUCAAGCUCAUGCGUGUUCCCCCGCAGGACCUUUGAAGGCACAGUUCAGCACCGGACGACUCCACCACGGAGGGCAUUGAUGCGAGAAAGGUUGAAGUAUUCGAAAAUUUGGGUUGGGAGCUGCCGUUGCAUCCCCGUCCACUCGUUUAUCUGUCGCUUCUUCCCCUCCCCGUUUGGGUUCCCUUCCAAUUCAUGUCAGCCUCAUCUACCAGUCAUUACCUACAUAUAAAAAAAAAAGUAAAGAGCCAAAAGGAGAGAAGUCAAAGUUAGGUAGCUACAUAGCUAGGGUUAUAUUCUCAUCCAGAGCUCAAAUUUGGCCAGUGUUAGUUAGCACUCUAAAUAGUUCAAUCAAGAAUCGAGG